AUCCAUUAUUAUACAAGGGGACAGAAAGGGAUGGAUAUAUCAAAGGCACAUAGUGUCAAAACUAGAACAGACAAGGGUGUAUAGAGAAUAUAUUUAUGUGUCUGUUAAUGUCAAAUGCCAGAGGUGGAUAUGGACUAUACAAUGACGGUCAUUUUCAUUUAAGUAAUCUUUUUUUUCUUUCAAGUUUGGAGUUUUAUAUCAUGGACUUCUCCACCACGUGAUGCCAGACAAUUUGAUAAGAUGUAAGACCGGUGACACGGCGCUUGAAUGUCCUGGUGUGCAAUACACGUAUUACAGAGAGUACGCCAUGUUGUUUGAAGCAGUUUUACGUUUGUGUAUUUUCCUACCAUAUAUCUCUGGACUGAUUCUGCCGUUAACGACACCAGACGGUAAUGCUGACCUUCCCACUAUCCUGAGUCACGUCACUCUCCUCCAGCAGACUGUAGACAUUCUUCACAAAAACACAAAUCAGUUGCAGACGGAUCUGAGGGCAACGAACGAACAGCUACAACUCACACAGUCGGAUCUGAAUAUGACAAGACAUGAACUACAGACUUCUCGCACAGAUCUGCAGGUAACACGCACAGAUCUGCAGGUAACGAAGGACGAACUUCAACAUACACAGACCGAGUUUCAGAUUACAAAGAAAGACCUGCAGAUAGCACAGACAGAACUCGUGACAUACAAGGGACUUCAACAAACCGCAGCUGCCGAAAUUAUGGCUCUCAAAAACGACACGAGCGCAUUGAGAACCGAACUCGUUCUCGUGAAAGCAAAAGUGGAAAAUAUCAAUCUAGAUGUUCUACCCAUGAAUUCAACCACGAACGAUUCCCUUCUCGUUUCGUUGAGUGGCGGCGUUAGAGCGAACCAGGCACACAUAAAGGCAAACCGUCUUGAUGUUCAGUCACUUCACAAUGACCUCAACACCACAGCAUACGAGCUUUCCGAGUUCCAGUCCGAUGUGAAUAGCUUUAAGCAAAAUGUGUCAUUUGUGUUAGGAUGUGUAACUGAGGAGUGCGUUGCGCUCAAGUCUGAUUCAAAUUUAUUCAGUUCUCUCAAGUCAGAUAUAACAGCUAUGGACAAGAAAUUGUCUGUCUUAAACACAACAGUUCACGAGGUACGUCGAUAUACAGAAAAUACUUCUUCUGUGAUUCACCCAAUUGCUCACAAGCAGCUGGUGGAGAAUUUAGAGACCCAGUCAAUAAAGACUCUAGCACAAGAUACAUCAGCUGAACUGAAGAAGUUUGAAGAGGAUGCGAACUCAACUGACGUGAGUCUAUCGACUCAACUGAACCAACUGGAAAAGAGAGUGAAUUCUACUUCCGUUUGUAUUCACAACGUCCAGCAGAACAUCCUAUCACUACAAACCGACCUCAACACGACUCGGGAGGAUAUCACAGUGACGAACUCGGAAGUGCAUGUCUUGAAACAAAACAUGUCUGAUGCCAAGAAACUAUCCUCUGACACACAACAGGCCCUGGCACAGUUGGCCAAAACUCUGGCAGCUGAAACCAGAGCCGUCGCCUUCCAGGCGUAUGUAUCACGUGACCAGAACGUUAAUGUAACGUCACUACACCCCGUAGUGUAUGACAGCAUCAUCUACAAUAUUAGAUCUGGAUACAGCAACACAACAGGGAAGUUUACAGCACCAGUCUCUGGAACCUACAUGUUCUGGACACAGAUGGGUAUUCAUCACAUGGCCGUUACUCCAGUCACCACCAUCAAACAGUCGGGAAGGACCAUCGGCAGUGGCUGGGUUGUAUCAACGCCAACUUCAGAUUAUGACGAAGUUUCCGUGUCCUGUGUUAGUCACCUGCAGAAGGGUGAGGAAGUAUGGGUGGCGUUUGACAAGAUCAAUGUAUGGUUUGCGUACCAGAAAGUUACAGUCACAGUUCAUUCAUUGUCCAAUAAUACAGACCCCAAAUCCUACUUUGGUGGCGCCCUUUUGACAGUGGACUAAUUCAUUACCAAACAUCUGAUUCAACAUUUUCCUGUAAUUCAUCAAAACUUUGACCGUUUUUUAUCUCCUUAGUAUUGGUAUACUGGCAAUCCAGCUCGAUUUGACUUUUCACAGUGAUGAUAAUAAACCAAGAUUUGGUUCCCGUCAAGAUCCCGGUUAGAAUUCAUCGUCAGCAACCAAUGUUUAUCGUAAGAGGCGACUUACGGGAUCGGGUGGUCAGGCUCACUGACUGUGAUGAUGCACGUCACCGUUUCCAAGUUCCGUAGAGCGAUGCUCAUAAUGUCAAUCACUAGAUUGUCUCGUCGAGACAUGAUUUAUACCGACCGCCGUCCUAUAGAUGGAAUAUUGCUGACUCAGACAACGAACAGCCAAAUUAAGUAGGUCACAUAGCGAUAUUUAAAUUUGGCCUGAGACUGAAUUCUGUAUGAAUUAUGAUCAUCUAAUACACAUUACUGAUGGUGGAAAGAGAGUUAGAAGACGCCUCAUACCAUCAAUACUAUUCAAAGCGUUCAUGUUACUUUAGUUAAUCUGUCAUGCCACUUCUGUUGAGUAGUAUAUAAGAUAAUUCAUAGUACAGUGUGUUGUCGCAUGAACCCUCUUUCCAGGAAAGAGGGGGCACGGGUGGCCCAGUCGUCUAAGGCGCCGUGAUUCGCUGUGCAGAGUUGCGUCCCUUGGGCACGCCAGACACCUAUGAUUAUGGGUUCGAAUCCCGGUUCG